AUGGUAGCGUUGGCCGCGCUGCUCGUCACCGGCCUCGAACCGGCGUCCGGCAUCACCACGACGGAAUCGCUGGUUGAGGCCACCCACACGACACUCCCGGUGCUGGUGGACCGAGAGACCGACGGCGAACCGGUGACCACCGGUGGCAGAACGGGCGAUCUGGCCGAAGCGGAAAGUAAGGAUCCGCAGCGGCUCGAGAUUAUCAAGCAAAUCCGCAAGGUGAACCAGGACGGUUCGUACACGGUUGGGUACGAGGCGGACGACGGUACGUUCAAGAUCGAGAGCCGGGACGUGCUGGGGAAUGUGAAGGGUACGUACGGGUACAUCGACGCCAACGGUGACAUCAAGCGGGUAUCGUACGGCGGUGGAGGAGAGGGCCGGGCACAUCAAACCACAGCCACGCCGGUGACGGAGGAGGAGGAAAUUGUGCACAUACCGCCACGGUUUAAUCGUUCCCAGCAUCAUCAUCAUCAUCAUCAGCAGCAGCUGCUGCUGGUACCGACGACUCGCCGGCCACCAAACUAUCAACCACCGGCGCAACAGCUCCACCACAAUCCGCACCAUGCGAGCACGUUGCGCCCGAGUGUCAUCCAGACGAUACCGCGGAAAAGGCCCGGCUACGCUGCGAUGACUACCACCACGAUGGCAACAACGAUGACGACGUCCGCGACGACGACCGCGACGACGUCCGCGACGACGUCCGCGACGACGACACCGGCAACAACGAGCGCCGUACCGACCGUCACCGAACCGCCGUCACGGUACGGUGAACAAUCGACGGCUUCCUCACACACCGCCCCCCUGCUACACACGAAACCGGCCGGGCUGCUCAUCAUACGCCCCACGCCCCUCCCCUACCAGGCGCUAAAACCCGCCGAACAGCAGCUAGCCCGGCCCGACCGGUUGCACGACCCGGCCGGCCCCAAGUUUGUCCCCAGCGUCCCCGCGAAGAAGCUGGCCGGCGUUCGGGGUAACUUCCUGAGGCGUCAGCUAGCGUCACCGGCCGUCACCGAGUCCGGUGAACAGUUUGAGGCACACCAGCACCAGCAACAGCAAAUCGUGUACGGCCAGCCGGUGAGUGGUGGGGACGGUGGGGGUGAGCUGUACGGGCGCCCCGUCUAUCCUGCGCCCCGUAUCCCGGCCGCUGUGCUGGCGGCACGCCAGCGUGCCGCCCACAUCCAGAGCGUACUGCAAACGGUCCCCCCCACGGAGCGGGUCUACGUGAAGCAACCGGUACGGCCAGCCAGCCCGGUACCGCGCCCCCACGAACCGGCACCGAUCGUGUACGAACCGUCGACGGAACCGUCAUCGGAGAACGCGUACGUGACGGACAGUCCGGUGGUCAAUACGCGGCCCGCCGCAUCGGAGUCGGACCCGGAAGGGGGGGAAGAGCGUCGGCCGGUUUUCCGGCCGAGGCCAACGCUCGAGUAUCGGGCACGGGACGCUGGUGGACGGUACCGUACACCGUACGGACUGCCAGCACCACCACCACCACCACCAUCAUUUGGGCGUCCUUUCACUUCGCAGGAGCACGAUUUCGGUGACGAGGUUGAUGGUGGCCGUGGGGAGCAUUCGGAGGGCGGCGCGGCGGGCCAGUCAGCGUACCAAGGGCUGGCGCCGUAUCGCCAGCAACGACGCCUUCCACUGCCAGCCGGCCCUGAUACGGUUUACAACCACCACCAGCACCAGCAGCAGCAGCAACAGCAACCACAGAACGCUUAUCCUGUUCCGUACCCUGGGGCGGUACGGUUACCACCCAGCCCGUACUACUACGACAUUCCGGCCGAGCGACCGCUAACGGCGCGUGACUUUGAGCGCAUCCUGCAGGUGCUCAUCUACCGCCAUCAGCAGCAGGCCCAGCAGGCCCAGCAGGCCCAGCAGGCACUCCGCUAUCGCUCCGGCGCACUCGGCGGUUACGGUGGUGGUGUACCGGCCGGGUAUCCGGGUGGCCCUGCCAGUUACCCGUACAAUCCUUACUUUCCGGACCUUACAUCGGGCGCACCGUACGGCCUGGGUGCCGGUUCCUAUACCGGUGGGUACCCACAGCAACAGAUCCCAAGACCCCCACCGUUACCGUUCCCUUACGGUGCCCAUCCGGCCCCGUACGAUGGUGGCUACUACCCGAACCCCCUUUACAGUCCCUCGGCACCGAGCCCCACGACCGGGUUGAUGGCUUCGCGGCGCCAGGGACAGUACUAUGGGCCGCAGCCUUCGUCACCUUCGUCCCAGCUCGGCAUCGGUGGAUCUUCGGGCGUCGCAACCACCACACGCACAUCGCCGAGCGGAGACUUGCUACCGCCGGAGGUGCGCGAAAGUUUACUGUACCGGAUGCUGAUGCUGGCGAUACAGGCACCGGGUGCGGGGGAGGGCGUGCUGCCCGCCUUACAGGGUGCCUCCUCGAUGCCGCUACCGCACAGCGUACCGCGUAGCACCCCGACACCGCAACCGGACACCGUGCCGUCGACGGGUGUGUCGACGGUGGUGGCCGCUGCCACCAUGUCGCCGCCGUUGAUGUACAGCAAGAAGCCGGUCCGGAGUGUCCAGAUACUGGGCGAGGAGUGA